AUGUCCAAGAUCCUUGCAGUGUUUGGCGCUACUGGCCAGCAGGGCGGCUCAGUCAUCAACUACGUGCUCAACGACCAAGAACUCUCCCAAAAAUACAAAGUCCGUGCCAUCACCCGAGAUGUCAACUCGGCCAAGGCCAAGGAGCUCGAUGAGAGGGUCGAGGUCGUCCAGGGCGAUGCUUUUGACCUAGCGUCGCUUGAGACCGCCUUGGCGGGUGUGCACACCGUCUUUGCCAUGACCACGCCGGCUUUCGGGCCUGACGCCUUCGACGUCGAAUACAACAGUGCCAAAAGAAUUGCCGACGUUGCAGUUGAAAAGGGCGUCCAAUAUAUCAUCUUCAGCACUCUUCCAUCCGUCACAGAGAUCUCUGGCGGCAAAUACACCAAGAUCGUACCCUUUGACGCCAAGGCGAAAGCGGAGCAGUACAUUCGCAGUCUUCCCGUAAAGAGCGCCUUUUAUCGCCCAGGAUCAUUUAUGGAGAACUUUCAUUCUCAGCCCUUCUGGGCCCCCCGGCAAGCUCCCGAUGGGACCUGGGUGGUUUCCACCCACAUGUCCCCCCAGACUAGACUCCCUUUGAUCGACGCCGUCGGAGACUCGGGCAAAUUCGUGGGAGCCGUCUUGGCUGAGCCGGAAAAGUUCCAAGGCAAGACGCUGUCGGCCGCCACGAGACUGUACAGCCUUGAGGAGCUUGCCGCGACCAUGUCUCAGGUGACAGGUCAAAAGGUCGUAUACGAGCAGAUUACACCGGAAGAAUUCGCAAAGCAAGUUCCCAUCAUGACUGAGAUCUUUGUCGAGGCAUUCCAGUACUACGAAGAAUUUGGCUACUUUGGUCCCGAUUCCGAGAGCCUGGUCGCGUGGGCUGCUGAGAACGCCCGGGGCAAGCUCUCCACACUUGAAGAGUUUCUCGAGGCUCAUCCUCCUCAGCUGUCAUAA